AUGCCAAAAAUACAUUUUUUAUUUAUUUUUAAUUUAAUAUUAACAACACAUUUUAUUAAUUGUCAAUCAUUAGAGGAUAAUUUAACAAUUAAAAUAUUAGAAAAUAAUUUAGUUGAAGAAACAAAUAAUUCUUUAUUAAAUGAAUUUAAAGAAAUUAAUUUUGAAUUAAUUAAUUUAAAUUGGACACAUGUUAGUGUUCCUUUUGGUCUUUCUCUUUGGGUUUUGUUGGCUAGUAUUGCUAAAAUACUUUUCAAUUUAAAUAAACAAAUGGCCGAAGCAAUUCCCGAUUCAGCAUUAUUAAUAGUUCUCGGUUUAUUAUUGGGAUCUGUUUUACGUUUUGCACAAGUCGAUGAAAAAUUAUUUUUUUUACCUUCAGAUACUUUUUUUCUUUAUUUAUUACCUCCAAUUAUUUUUGAAGCUGGUUAUUUUAUGCCAAAUCGGGAACUUUUCGAUAAUAUAGAUUCUGUUAUGUUAUUUGCUUUUUGUGGAACAAUAUGGAAUACAUUAACUAUUGGUUCAUCUCUUUUUUGGAUUUCAAAAUUUGGAAUUUUCUCUGUUGGAUUUUCUUCUUUUCAAAUUUUGCUUUUUGCUUCUUUAAUUAGUGCUGUCGAUCCAGUUGCCGUUAUUGCUGUUUUUGAACAAAUAAAUAUAAAUUCUUUUUUGUUUAUUAAUGUUUUUGGGGAAGCAUUAUUUAAUGAUGGUGUUAGUGUUGUUCUUUAUCAAAUGUUUCGUAAAUUUUUAUUAAUUGGUAUUGACAAUCUCUCUUUUUGGCAUUUUAUUGCUGGAUGUGCUUCUUUUCUUAUAAUUUCAUUUGGGGGUUUAUUUAUUGGCCUUUUAUUUGCAAUUGUGGCUUCUUUAGCAACAAAGUUUGCAACACGUAUUCGACUUUUAGCCCCAGUUUUUGUUUUUGUUGUCCCUUAUUUGGCAUAUUUAAGUGCCGAAUUGUUUGGUCUCUCAUCUAUUUUGGCAAUAGUUGCUUGUGGAAUUGGAAUGAAGCAAUAUGUGAAAGAAAAUCUUUCAAUAGAUGCUUCUUCUUCUGUUAAAUAUUUUGUUAAAAUGCUUGCACAAUGUAGUGAAACGGUUAUUUUUAUGUUUCUUGGAUUAUCAACAGCUUCACAUAAUCACCAUUUUGAUUGGGCAUUUAUUGGAAUUACAAUUGGGUUUUGUUUACUUUUUAGAAUUUUUGGGGUUGUUGUUCAAUGUUUAUUUUUAAAUAAAUGUCGGAAUAGAAAAUUCUCUUUUUCUGACCAAUUUGUUCUCUCAUAUGGAGGUCUUCGAGGGGCAAUAGCUUUUGGACUUGUUGUCUCUUUGGAUGAUAAAAUCCCCGCAAAACAAAUGUUUGUAACUACUUGUAUUGCUGUUAUUUUCUUUACUGUUUUUGUACAGGGUAUUACAAUUCGCCCAUUACUUUAUUUUUUAAAAGUUGAAAAAAAGGAUAUCGAGAAAAAAGAUACAAUGACCGAAAAAGUUUAUAUUAAGGUAAAGAAGAAGAAGAAAAUAAAUAAAAAUAUUUAUUUAUUUAAGUAUUGUGAUUAUAUGAUGUCUGGUUUAGAAGAUAUUAUUGGAUUUAAAGGAAAAAAUUCUGUUAGAGAUAAAUUUGAACGUUUUAAUGCAAAAACAUUAAAACCAAUUUUGACAAGCGGCAAAAAACACCCAGUGAAUUUUGAUACUUCCUAUGUUGUUAGGGCUUAUAGAAAAAUAACAUUAAAUGAGGUGAAAAUUGUUUUUUUUGGAAUUUUUCUAUAA